AGAUCUAGAGCCAACACCGCUUUUAACUGUUGUCUAGAGAGCUGCUUUAGCUAUUUCUAAACAUGUUGGGAAGUGAGAAAACUCUGACCUCUGCACCUUGCAAUAAUAAUGUAGGGUUCCUGCAAAGGACCAACAGCCUGGAAGACAAGGGCCGGAUUGUCAGCUCCCUGAAGGAAAGGCAGUCCUCCAAGAGCAUGCUGGCGUGCGAGAACAGCGAGAAGGAAUCCAGGUUCCGGCGCACCGAGACGGACUUCUCCAAUUUGUAUGCCAGAGAUUUGCUGCCCUCUAAGAAUGGUGAUGAGCAGACUAUGCAGUUCCUGCUGGAGGUUGUGGAUAUCCUCCUCAACUACGUGAGGAAGACGUUUGACAGAUCCACCAAAGUGCUGGACUUCCACCACCCACACCAGCUCCUGGAGGGCAUGGAGGGCUUCAACCUGGAGCUCUCGGACAACCCCGAGUCCCUGGAGCAGAUCCUGGUGGACUGCCGGGACACGCUGAAAUACGGAGUGAGGACAGGUCAUCCUCGCUUUUUCAAUCAGCUGUCCACAGGACUGGACAUUAUUGGCUUGGCUGGAGAGUGGCUGACAUCAACUGCUAAUACAAACAUGUUUACCUAUGAAAUUGCCCCUGUUUUUGUCCUCAUGGAACAAAUAACACUUCGAAAGAUGAGGGAGAUUAUUGGAUGGUCAAAUAAAGAUGGCGAUGGAAUAUUCUCACCUGGAGGAGCUAUCUCCAACAUGUACAGCAUAAUGGCUGCACGCUACAAGUAUUUCCCUGAAGUCAAAACCAAAGGCAUGGCUGCAGUCCCUAAACUGGUUCUCUUUACCUCAGAACAUAGCCACUACUCAAUAAAGAAAGCUGGAGCUGCACUUGGAUUUGGAACAGACAAUGUUGUUUUGAUAAAAUGCAAUGAAAGAGGCAAAAUAAUACCAGCUGAUUUGGAAGCAAAAAUUCUGGAAGCAAAACAAAAGGGAUACAUUCCUCUUUUUGUAAAUGCAACUGCAGGCACAACAGUAUACGGAGCCUUUGAUCCAAUACAGGAGAUUGCAGAUAUCUGUGAAAAAUACAACCUCUGGCUCCAUGUAGAUGCUGCCUGGGGAGGAGGACUCUUAAUGUCCCGAAAGCAUCGUCAUAAACUGAACGGAAUAGAAAGAGCCAACUCAGUCACUUGGAAUCCACACAAGAUGAUGGGAGUGUUGUUACAAUGUUCUGCCAUUCUUGUCCGGGAGAAGGGUAUACUUCAAGGCUGCAACCAGAUGUGUGCAGGUUAUCUCUUCCAGCCAGACAAGCAGUAUGAUGUCUCCUAUGACACUGGAGAUAAGGCAAUACAGUGUGGUCGACACGUGGACAUUUUCAAGUUCUGGUUGAUGUGGAAAGCAAAGGGUACAGUAGGCUUUGAAAAUCAGAUCAACAAAUGCCUGGAGCUGGCAGAAUAUCUCUACACUAAAAUCAAAAACAGAGAAGAAUUUGAGAUGGUUUUUGAAGGAGAGCCAGAGCAUACAAAUGUCUGUUUCUGGUAUAUCCCUCCAAGCCUCAGGGGCAUGCCAGACUCUGAUGAGAGAAGAGAAAAGCUACACAGGGUUGCACCAAAAAUCAAGGCACUGAUGAUGGAGUCAGGUACUACCAUGGUUGGGUAUCAGCCUCAGGGCGAUAAAGUCAACUUCUUCCGAAUGGUCAUCUCAAACCCAGCAGCAACUAAGUCUGACAUCGACUUCCUCAUUGAGGAAAUCGAGAGAUUGGGGCAGGAGCUGUAGGACAGUGGUUGAAUUAUUUAUUUCUCUAAUUCACUGUUUUCCAGCACUGGCUAUUUUUUUAACCCAGUUCUGCAGAACAUGUUUUAAGGAAAUUGUCUUUCUGUAAGUUCCAAUCUCCUAAGACAUCCUUAAAGAAAACAGCUUUAGGCUACUGAAAUAUAUAUGUAUUGGUAGAUCAUAUUACUGAGGGAAAAAUGUAUUAUCUUGAAGUUGAAGUACUAUUGACUCUUA